AUGCCGCCGAAACGCAAAGCCGGCCCCUCCUCGGCGGGCAGCAGCAAGCCCGCUGCCAAAAAGCCGUCCAAGGGCAGACAGCAGCAGCAACCCCGUCGACCCAAGCUCGCCCAGCAGCUCGACAUGUACAUCCGCCGUUCUGACGACGAAGAGUCAGACGACGAGCCUGCACCAUCCACAUCCAAAGCGAAGAUCAGCACCAAUGCGGUAGCGCAAGAGCCGGACUACGAGCCAGAAUCGGACGAAGCAUCGCACGUCUCUUCCUCCGGCGAAGAGGACAGCGAAGACGAAGACGACGGAGCUGUCAAGGUCAAGACGGUCUCAGCGGCCAAUUUGUCCUUCCUCUCGGGGCUGGAUCGGGAUAAGGCGAUCAAUCUGUCGCAGAAGGAUGCAAAGCAAAAGUCGAAAGAGCUAAAGCGAUCGGACAGGAAAGAAUUCGAGGAGACGAGGAGGCAGGUCGCUGCCGACAAGAAAGCCAAGCUCGUAGCGCCGCCUUCCGAGGACGAGAACGACGAUGAGGACGACUUUUCGGACGACAGCCUGGAAGAGGAGGAGGAGGAGGUCGAGCUUGGGCGCAAGGGCGAGAAGCAGAACUAUCAGGAGUACAGCGACGUUUCCGAAGGUGAAGAGGUGGACGCUUCGUCGGACGAGGAGCCUGCCGCGCCGAUCAAGGUUACCAGCAAGAACACGAAGAAGGCGACAGCGGACGACGGGGACGCGGAAGCAAGCUACCUGGCCAGGUUGGGCAAGAGAAAAGCGAGAGAGCAAUACGAGGAUGAGCAGGAGCGCAAGAAGCGCGUCAACGCCAAGCUGCCCGUUCGCAAGCUUGACGGCGACGUAUCCGACGAGCCUGACAGCAGUGAUGAGGAUCUUGAUGACCUCGAUGACGAUGACAAGGACGAAGGGAUGGAUGACGACGAUGAUGCGGAAGACUACAGGCAAGACAGCGAGCCAGAAGGCCUCCUUUCCUCCGAUGAAGAUGUCCACCCAGCCUCCAGUCGAGCCAUCCACGCUCCUCUCCCGCGCGCCGCCCGGCCCACCGACGACUCGGACGACGAGCCCUCCGCCACCACCUCCGCCCCUACUGCCCCACUCUCAUCCAUCACCCAUUCCUCGCGCUUCAACCUCACCGCACCGUACGAGAUCCUCCUUACCUCGCAUACCUGCCGUCUUCCACCCACCCCACCUACCAGCAACCGCAAAGCGACCCUCGCAUACAGGACCACCCUCGCCAACGCACAAAAGCAGACGCUCCUUCUGGCGCGCAACCAGAUCGCCUCGUUGGCCUCUCAGAUCGUCGCCGACCCGGAAGUCAACCUCGGUCUCCUCCGUCGUCUCGCGGUCUUUGCAGCACCAACUAUCUCUGCGCCACCGGAAAAGAUCCCCGAGAUUCGCGCGGAGCAAGCCGAGGCCAAAGCUGCUGGCAACGCCGCAGCUGCUCGACCAGUUAAGGUGGAAGUGGCACCGGCAAUUCGGCAGCUAGCAAUGCUAUCGAUGCUUGCUGUGUUCGUCGACAUCCUGCCCGGGUACAGGAUCAGGAGUCUGAGUGAGAAGGAGCAGGAGGAGAAGGUGGGGCAGGACGUAGCUCGCAGACGAGAGUUCGAAGCUGGGCUGGUGGGCGUCUAUCGAGAAUUCCUCGAGCUGUGCGAGGCCGAGCUCAAAGCUGCUUCCGCCCUUCUUGCUGGUCAGGAACCUGAAAAGGGGAAGAAGAAGCCCGCGCCAGGCGUCGGGAAGCUCGAAAAGCCCGCUGUGAAGGUGUUCACUACCCUCGCUACGCGGGCGGUGCACUUCAACUUCCGCACCAACAUCCUCGGUGUUGUCGUUGCGCGCAUGUCACGACGUCAGUGGGGGCCCGACGAGGAGGCGUGUUUCGAAGCCAUCCAAUCUGUCAUCUUGUCGGAUCUGACGGGCGAGGUGUCGCUAGAGGUCGUCCGAUUGGUGCACCGCAUGACCAAGGAGCGGCGGUACAAGGUCAACUCGCGCGUGCUCGAUCUGCUGUUGUCUCUGCGACUGCGCGACGAGCUCGGCAAUAAGCGGUCCUCGACUACCGCUUCGACCGACCCAGAAGCGGAAGCGGCCAAGGAGCGGGCGGAUUACGAGGCGCGCCGAGCCCUGAUGAAAGCACGCGAAGGCAAGAAGGGCGGCGGUAAAGGGGCCAAGUCCAAAGACGUACGCAAGGGGCUUGCGACGCAUCUCAGUAAGAAACAGGUCAAGAAGCAGAAGGAGCUCAAGGCGAUCGAGGACGAGAUGAAGGAGGCUGAAGCCACUGUUGACCUCGAGGAAAGAGAGAGGAACCAGACCGAGACGUUGAAGUUGGUCUUUGUGCUUUACUUCACCGUGCUGAAGCGCGAGGUGGGAAGUGUUGGGUUGGGCGUGUUGGAGAGCACGUUGCGCGGAUUGAGCAUGUACGCUCACCGGGUCAACGUGGACUUCUUCCGAGACCUGCUCGCGGUCUUGCGUCAGCAUGUGGCUAUCAAUGCGCGUCUGCUCGAGGAAGCCGACCAGGCCGGGCUGGCGCCCACGGAGGAAGACUCAGACUCCGAAGCCGAAGGCGACGAAGGCGACAACGUCCUUCUCGACCAAACCACCCUCACCCGCACGCUGCGCCACAUCAUCCUCGCACUCAAAACCACCUUCGAUCUCUUCCUUGGCCAGGUGGAGGGUACGUUGCUCAAUCUCGACCUCACGGACCUCCUCUCGCACUUCUACUACGUGCUCUUCUACCUGCCCUUCGUCAACGAGUCGCACCUGAUCGCUGGGGCGAAUGUGGUGGAUCUGGCGCUGGACACGCUCCAUGCGAUCCUGAUUCGAUCCCGCACGCGAUUCGCGCCGACGAUUCUCGCUGCGUUCGCGAAGCGACUGGCCAUCAUCUCGUUGCAUUUGCCCGCGACGAGCGCGUCAGGACCGAGGAAGGUGCUGGGCUUGAUCUCGCAUUUGCUCACUAAGCAGAGCACGAGCGCGUCUGCAGACAGCCAGCUCGCGCUGCUCGACCUCGAGGAUCGCAGCAGGAACGGAUCCUACCAGGCAACAGGCAAGAACCUCAACACGAGCGCGGUGCUCGAGAGCGGCCAGACGAUCCUGUGGGAGCUGUCGAUGCUGACCAAGAUGUCGAACGAGGAGGUGAGCGCCGAGGCCGAGCGCGUGUGGGCUUUGAAGGAUUCCAACCAGUCCUGA